GCUGCUGAAAGAUCUGGUCGCAGGGAGAGGAAAAGCCGUAAUCGUCGGCGUGCUUCCAUCCUGACAGCAUCCUUCACCGCUGCUCGUCGAACCUCUGGGCACCAGCCCCUUCAGCUCCACGGAAAAAAGGGCUCGGAUGAAUUCCUGUGUGUGCCACAUCAUUGGCUGGAAAUGUGCCUGGGGUACCACUGAGCGAGGAAUGUACAUCUAACGACUGCUAACAGGAAUGGAGCUGCCUGGGAGGGGGCGUUUGGGACUUCCAAGCUCUUGGAGACGCAGCCAGAUGAAGUCCCCCGACUUGGACCCAGAUUUGUUUACAGAAAGUUACUGCAAGGUAUGCAGUGCUCAGUUGAUCUCUGAAUCUCAGCGUGUGGCACAUUAUGAGAGUCGAAAACAUGCAAGCAAAGUCCGACUUUAUUACAUGCUCCACCCUAUAGAUGGUGGGUGUCCAGCCAAGAAGUUGCGAUCAGAAAAUGGAAGCGAUGAUGACAUGGUGGAUAAGAACAAAUGUUGUACCCUCUGUAACAUGUCUUUUACCUCAGCAGUGGUGGCUGACUCACAUUAUCAAGGGAAAAUCCAUGCUAAAAGGUUAAAACUGUUGCUAGGAGAACAACAUCCAGUCAAGGCCACAGGGAAUGCUGGCAAGGAGCAGAGAGUGGAACACAGCGAAGGCACCCAGCUUGAAGAACUACGGGAAACCCCCUUGAGUCCACUCAAGCCGCCCCACUCGGCCAGUGCCCCAGGAGUGGCCAUGUCUUCACCCCAUCGUCGAAGAGAUUCAGACAGAUACUGUCAGCUCUGUGCAGCCUGGUUCAAUAACCCUCUGAUGGCCCAGCAGCACUAUGAAGGCAAAAAACACAAAAAGAAUGCCGCCAGGGUGGAUUUGUUAGAACAACUAGGAAAGACACUGGAUCUGGGGGAGUUGAGAGGUCUGAGGCGCAGUUACACGUGUAGCAUCUGUCAUGUCACCCUCAACUCAAUAGAACAGUAUCAUGCCCACCUGAAAGGCUCAAAACACCAGACCAAUGGAAGACUACAUAAGUCAUGGAGGGGAUACAGUCGACGUCCCUGGAGGGAUGACCUGCACUGAAGAAAUUGUGGGUGUUUGAAAUUCGCAACCUUGCCUGCCUAGAGCUAUGGUACAUGCCUGACCUCUCCUAUUCUGGAUGACUUCUCCGGGCUUGUCCUUUUGCCUGCUGAAUAGCCUGUGGAAUCUUCUGGACCCUUCUAGCAUGGUUUGGUGCAAUGGUUCCAAAUGCAUUGGCAACAAACCCCUUAGGGUGUGGGACACAAAGAUAUAUAGCAAGGGUCCAUGAAUCCAUAUGUGCCCCUAACAUUAUUAUUUUGAUCUAGCUACAAUGAAGUAUGCUCACUAGUAUAAACAAGCAAAUGUACCAUAUGUAGACUGAAUUUCAAAUGUAUUGCAGACAUAUGUAUUGCUAUUUUUCAAAUAUACGUAGAUGCUAUUGUGAUUAAUAACAAAAGCAAAUCCAUUCAAAAUCGUUAAUACAUUCAUAGCAGCUUUUUGUAAUGUGCUUUUCCAAUUGUAUAGUAAUGGCACAAUUUCUCUCAUCUGGGAUUAUGGUCUCUGAAUUAUUUUUUAUAUUACAAGGGGCUUCAUACUCUGAUUGGAAACCAAAGGUGUAAUGGAAAGAACAUUAUAUUUGGAGUCAGAAAUUCUGGGUCUAAAUUCUGGCUCAGGUGUGGGACCAGUGUAACUGUCUUGUAGUUGGUUUCUUCAUCUGCAAAAUGAGUACUUUGGACCAGGUGGUCUCUAAGGUCUUUUGUAGUUCCAAACCUUUUUUUCUUCUCAAUCCUUCCACAUCAUCUCCUUCCUUCUCCUUAUCAGCUGAAGAUUUUGCUUUGUACUUCACCGCAAAAAUUUGGUUAGAAUUUGAACUAAAAUUUUCCAAAUCCGCAUAGUUUGUGUUUGCUGAGAGUUCCUUCUUUUCCCCUACUCUUCAUCUCAAAUCCCUCUGUCACUAUCCCCCAUUAUUUCCUGUUUCACUUCAGUCUCAGAUAGAGGAUAUUCUUGCACAGACCAUACCCCGCUAAUGUACCCCUAAAUCCUAUUCCUCUUUUAAUCUUCUCUAGCAGAUCACUCCCUCUCCCCACCUCUUUCUCUCUUCUCUCUUUGUCUCUGUCUCUGUCUCUGUCUCUGUCUCUCUCUCUCUCUCUCUCUCUCUCUCUUUCUCUUCCAUCUCUCUGUCUCUCUUCCGUCCCCUCUCUUUCUCUCUCUCCCUUCUCCAAUCUCUCCUUAUCUACUGGUUAUUUUUGACUUGUCUACAAAUAGCUUCAGAUCUCCCCCCCUUAAAAAAUACAACUUAUCAUCACUAUUAGUAAUCAUUCUGUUUUUCUCUUCACCUUUUCAACUAAACUUGAAAAUUAAAAAAAAAAUUAUUCUCCAUGCUUCCUCCAACUUCCUUUCUUCUAAAUUUUCUGCAAUCUGGCUUUUGAAUUGCCUCUCUUAAUUGUAAAAUCUAGAGACUUUAUCUCCCUACUCACUCUAUUUUACCUCUCUGCAACAUUUGACACUGUUUGUCACCUUCUACUUCUGCAUAUUUCUUAUUUUCUGAUGUUGCUGUCUCUUGGUUCUCCUGUCCUCUCCUCAUCUCUUUUGCUGGGGCUUCAUGUUUAUUAUGUCUACUAAUCCUGGAUGUCCUUCAAGGUUCUGUCUUGAACCUCCUCUGUUUCUCUCUCUACUUCUUCAUUUGGUGAUCUCAUGCUCCCAUGAAUUCAGUUGUCAUCUUUAUUGCUGAUAAGUCUUAGAUCUAUGUGUCCUGCCUUGGUCUAUCCCCUAAACUCCCAUCCCAUAUCACCAAAACUUGACUAGUGGACACUUCAAAUUGGAUGUCCUAUAGGCAUUUCUAAUGCAACAUGUCCACAUUUGUUUUCCCCUACCAAAGCCACCCCUCUUCUGAAUUUCCCCAUUACUUUCAAGGGCACCAUCAUUCUGGUCAAUCAGAUUUGCAACUUCAGCGUCAUCCUCUAUUCUUUGCUCUCACUCACCCCAAAUGUUCAGUCAAGUGCCGAUUAUGUCCUUUCUACCUCCAUAACAUCUCUUGUAUAUAUUCUCUUCUCUCUAAUUAUAUAACCACCACUCUAAUUUAGCUACUCUUCAUACAAUCUCUAUGGCCUCCUAAUUGGUCUCCCUGCCUCAAGUCACUCCAUCAUACCAAUCCAUCCUCCACACAUCUGCCAUAGGGAUCCCCCCAAACACAAUCUGACCACAUAAUGUCCCUAUUCAAUAAACUCCAGCAGUUCCCUAUUUAUUUUAUUGUCAAGUGUAGACUCCUCUGUCAUUUAAAGCUCAUUACCACCAGGCCCCUUUCUCCUUUUUCAUGCUUCUUAUAUCAUAUUUCUCUCCAUACAUUCUGUGGUGCAGGUAAGCCAGCCCUCUUGCUGUUCCUCCCACAUCUCCUGUGCCUUUCCUCUGGCUGUUUGCUUUGCUGGGAAUAAUCUCCCUCCUUGCCCUCUGCCUCUUUGAAUCCCCAGCUUCCCUUAAGACUCUGUUCAAAUGCUACAGGAAGCCAGUCCUGAUUCUAUCCCUCAUCUAGCUUCUAGAGCCGUUCCUUCUAAGGUUACCAUGGUCCCUCUAUUCUGUAUGUAACUUGUAUGUAUUUAUUUGUUUUCUCUGCAACUAGACUAUAAGUUCUAUGUGGGCAGGAACUCCUAUUUGCUUUUUCUUUGUAACCCCAGUGCUUAGUACAAUUCUUGUUAUAUAAUAAAUGCUCAAUAAAUGUUUGUUGAUGGCUUGAUUGAUUCUGACCUGGCUGAAUUCUCUGGAUUUGACCUCAUUAUACCUUUAUAUACUAACUGCAAGUGCUGCUUCUGACUCUG